GAAUCGUUUUCCACACUAAUGAACACACGUUUGACACUUGAAUCGACGCGACGGUGAGCAAAGUACUUCUAACAUAACGUAAUAUCUCGGUUAUCGAUUCUCGCUAUUGUCUCAUCAGUACCGCCGUUUUAUUUAGGCGUGACACAUUGCUUUUGAAACAUCUCUGAGUAAUCUUUGGAACUACUUGAUAUAUUAACGAGUUGUCCUAUUAGUGUAUUGAGUAUCAAUGAGUAUGUAUAUGUACAAUGAUAUAACAAUUUAACGAUACUCAAUAGUGAGUGCUACUUCGCGAGCUACACAAUGACGGCGGCUGGAAAUUGCGCGUUGCAAAAAUUCAACGCCGGAAUCGUGUCCAUGUGCGUGCUAGGCUUCGUUAUUUCGUGCUACGUGUACACCGUGGAGGUCAAAAUGGAAGAAAAUGAUUCGUAUCAGCCGUUAUGCGACAUCUCCGAGCACAUAAGCUGUUCCAAAGUGUUCAUGACUGAAUAUGGCAAGGGAUUCGGAUUGUUUCCAAAAGAUUCCAUGUUUAACAUUCCAAAUCCUAUAUAUGGUUUGGUGUUUUAUAUGUUGGUUGCAAUUUUAAGUAUGAUUAAUGAUUACACCUUUUCGGCCGCCACUGUUGUUGUGGGAAUAAUUUCUAAUAUUUUUACGAUAUAUCUAAGCAGUAUAUUAUAUCUGUAUAGAGAUAUCUGCAUUGUAUGUAUUAGCACAUACAUUAUAAACAUGGUGAUCACAUUUCUCGCUGUUAAAAAGUUUCGAAAAUUCCAAAAAUUAUCUUCAGACGAUAUGCAUAAAAAGGUGAAAUAA